AUUCUAACAGCCAAACCAAUUGUCAAUAAAACUCCCCCAAUAUCAUAGUUUUCUUUACCCCUUUAAAUCACAAAAGGGAUUCCUCUGUUUUUUGUAGCUUUUUAUAUUUCCCAAAUUAAUUUAAGGAAGCUGAUAUUCCAGUUUUCUUGGGUAGAUUCCACUGCCCUUUGGUAUAAAUUAUUGACUAUUCUGUUGGAAGAUAUAUAAGCAAAGGAACAAUUUUGAAGGAUCUCAUUUUCCAUAAUGUCUGAGGUGACAAUUCCUGUUGCUGAAAAGCUUCAGAAAACAAUGUCUGAACCUAUAAAACUCCGAAGGAGCUCAACUUGCAUCCUAGGUAACAGGAGCAAAGAUAAUGUCGUCCCAAAUUACCUUAGAGCUUCAAUUGGCUCCUGCCAUGAUUUAUGCAAAUUUGGUGGUAAACAUGAUUUCAAGACAAUAGAAAGGUCCCCAAUGCUCAAGGGAUUCGUGGCUAAACCGCCACUCAAAAGCCGCGAACCGGUUAAAGAUGAUUCUGUUUUACAUCAGAGGAGAAGAUCAUUCAGCAGCAUUUCCAGAAGACCAUCAAUUUCUCCACUUGAAAUACAUGAAAGAAAGGACAUAAACAUUCCAAAGCUUUCUGAAGGAUUAAAGCAAAAGCCUCUAAGAUCAAAAGAUUCGACCAUGUCGGGAACCAAAGAAUUGAGGCAAGGAAACAUUGAGGUCGGUAGCACAUUGAAGGAAACAUCCAUUAAUAGUACUCCUGGAGAGAAUAAGAGAGCAAUGAGAACAAAGAAAGGCACCAAAACUUCCAACAAAAAUAAGGAAACUCCUUUGGGUACAGCGACUAGUCCCGAAUCGCGCAAAAACAAUGAUGCAAGAGUGCCAAAGAAGGUGCCAAUUCCUAGAGGGACCAAAAACAGGACUUCUCUGGCUACUACUGGUUCUCAGACUCCAAAAAAAGUCGAUGCGAAAACUGCACCAAAGAAGCUCAGACAGGUUAAGAGCAAAAAUAGCCUAAACAAAGCUAGAAUUCCGCAAUCUGAUGAUCAUGAUGAUGUUCCAGAGAAGAUUAUUCAUGUCAUUGAGAUGAACACUGAGAAUUCCAAAGGUCAAUCCUCUGAGUUAAGGGAAAAGCAGGAUUCUCCUACAUCAAAUCCCCUGCCUGAAGCUGAAGAGCACAUUCCUCAGAAAAUAACUACUUUAUCAGAUAACCAGAAGACAAGAAGGGCUAAAAAGGAUCAUCAAUCUAAUGGGUCUCCAAGGAAGUUGAAAUUCAGGAAAGGAAAAAGCAUCCAAACCGAGAAAAGCAAUGCUGGAAGCAAGAAGCUCAAAUUCAAGCAGGCAAAACUACUUAACCCUGAAAAUGCUGAUCAAAAUGCUGCAACCAUGCGGAUCAAGAUCCCAAUAAAACCCGACAUGGAACGUGACCAAUCAGAUGAAACGACGAAUAAUGCACUGGACGAAGUUGUUCUCCGGCCUCAAACUCCCAUACAUAAAGAACAUUCUCAAAGCUUAUACAACAAUGUGAUCAAAGAAAGAGCCAAAAAGCUGGUGAAGACCAAGAGUAAGGUGAAGGCUUUGGUUGAUGCAUUUGAAACCAUAAUUUCCCUUCAUGAUGAGAAAUCUCAAGCAAAAACAAUGGCAUAAUCCAUCUUCAUCAUAUCACCACCAAACUUGUUUACUACUUAUUUAGUUAUCUACAGACUACAGUAGGAAUACUGAUAAUAUCAUACCAUGCCAUCUCCUUUUCUUUUGCAUUGGAAAUUUGGAGAAGGUGCAUGAUCAAUGCCUCGAAAAUCGAGCAUUUGGAGUGCCUGUGAUACUAUCAAGAUCAAGCAGUCUGUGUUUAUCCCUUCUCCAUAGAUUUGAUAGAAGCAGAAUCACCUCAUUUGUUGAGUUUGUGUAUCCAAUACUGGUCGAUUGGUUUGACCCUUUAUGUAACUAUUUGGUACAUCAAUCGCGACUAGACGUUUUCCAGUCCUGU